UCUCGUGAGUCGUGAACCCUUUAUAGCAACAGCUCGUCCUUCCUUCUUUUAUCCUCGUCGGCUCCAACAUUCCUCUUUACAAUCUGAAGCUAACUCGUCCAGAAAGAAACCCACAACAUGUCGAGGGCCACCGUUGUGCUCGAUUUCUUUGGCAUGGAGAAGGAGAGUCCACACUCCUCCUCCUCCUCCUCCUCCUCCAAAUCUCAGUUCCAGAAGUUUCUCGAUCGCCAGAGAAGCUUUCGAGGAAUGCAAAGCGCCAUUUCAAAGAUCAACCCGGAGGUUCUGAAAUCCGUGAUUGCCUCCGGUUCCGUGAACCAGGGCUCCGAAACCGGCACUCCUAUUCCUACGAAGAACUCGGUUUCGGUGCCGUCGAGUCCCGCUUUACCUGUCUAUGCUCCUCAUACCCUCAGGCCUAGGACUCCAGAGAGCCUUCCAGAUAUAGCUCCUUUAACUAUUUUUUACAAUGGAACCGUCUCAGUUUUCGAUGUCCCUCGAGACAAGGCAGAGAACAUUUUGAAGCUUGCUGUGGAAGGAAGAUCGGACCCGAAAGUCGUGGUUCCUUCAAGCGACCAAAAACAGCUACUCGAGACACUUGAUGGAGAUCUGCCAAUUGCACGAAGAAAGUCGUUGCAGAGAUUCUUAGAGAAGCGCAAAGAGAGGUUGACUUGUGCUUCGCCGUAUGCGUGUUACACCUAAAUUCUACGCGUCUUGGCGCAGGAACAAGUCCAAGGAGAGGAGCAGCCUAUUAAUUUCAGACCCCCCCUAUAUUGACGUUAAAAGAUAACAAGGACGCAAAAGAAAAUUGAAAUAGUUGUACAAAUAUGAAAUACCUCUAUUUAUCAUCUUUUCAAGGAUUGCAGCUUGUUCUAAGUAACCUUUUUUUUUUCCUCUUUUUUUCUUUUCUCGAAAGAAAGAGGUGCAGUAUAGAAUAGUCAGUCGGUAUCACGUUUUAGUAAUGGUUGUAAUAUGACUUUGGUGGCAAUUAGUAUUAUUUCCCCGUCUGUUUCUUGUA